UUGAGGUCUGUGACUGUGAGUUUGUUUCUCUGGAUAGAUCAAACAUGGCAACGGUACCUUUGUUCACCCAAUUUCCCUGCAAAACCCUAAUCUCAAGCCCUUCAAACUCUAAAUAUCAAUCUAAAUCUCCUCUUCUAUUGCCCAUUAGUUUGUUCAAUCGGCGACCUCAGGCUGGAAUCGCUGUUCAUCGGUCAGAUUUCAAGGUCCGAGCCAGUGACGUCAAUGACGAGUGGGGUCCAGAUUCCAAGGGCAGAGGCGGUGACGUUGAAGACGAGUGGGGUCCCGAGAGAGGAACGAACUCAUCGGUUGGGGAGAAAGAAGCAGAGGAAGCCAUCGAAUCUGCGGAGGAGACGGAGCGGCUUAAGAGAGUGCUAGCGGAUUCUCUGUACGGAACAGAUCGAGGUUUAAACGCGUCGAGUGAGACGAGAGCGGAGAUCAGUGAGGUGAUAACGCAGCUGGAGUCUAAGAACCCUAACCCAGCUCCUAACGAAGCUCUGUUUCUCCUCAACGGCAAAUGGAUUCUCGCCUAUACAUCGUUUGUGGGUCUGUUCCCGUUGCUCUCACGCAGAAUCUCACCGUUGUUUAAAGUGGAUGAGAUCUCCCAAACCAUUGAUUCCGACAGCUUCACCGUACACAACUCUGUCCGGUUCGCUGGUCCACUUGCCACAACAUCGCUUAGCACCAACGCUAAAUUCGAAGUCCGAAGUCCUAAACGCGUCCAGGUCAAGUUUGAGCAAGGCAUUAUCGGGACUCCACAACUAACGGAUUCGAUUGAAAUCCCGGAGUUCGUCGAGGUUCUUGGUCAAAAAAUCGACCUCAACCCCAUCAGAGGGUUACUUACAUCUGUCCAAGACACGGCUUCUUCAGUGGCAAGAACUAUUUCAAGCCAGCCACCGUUGAAAUUCUCUUUGCCUGGAGACAGUGCACAGUCAUGGCUGCUCACCACUUAUCUCGACAAAGACCUUCGGAUCUCUAGAGGCGAUGGUGGAAGCGUCUUUGUGCUCAUCAGAGAGGGAAGCUCUCUCUUAAGCCCUUAAGUCAUUUUUACUCACUCAUCACAUCCGUACAGUAACAUAUAUAGAACCAUAAGUCUGUGUUUCAAGUGUUGUAACUGUUAUGUACUUUACUACAUAGUUGGGAGUUAUAAAUGUAAUUAAUUAUAUACAUACGUAACUGAACCGUCCGGUUAAGGGUUUUGCUAUACCGACAGUAAGCAUUGAUUCA